CGAGCCUAAAGAGAAUAUAGGGGGAGGAUAACAUUUCUUGUUUCUUCACGUCAAUGCUUUUGACUGUAUCUCUGCUCCUCGUAUGUACUUCUACUUCUGCAUUAUCGGUCCAAGGAGGACUGGUUCGCACGAGUACACGUAAGGUACGCGAUCGAGCGGCUUUCGAUGCGCCAACCUGAAUUUAAUCGCUGGUAAAUGCUGCGAUUCGCAUCGUGUAUUCGCAGAUUGCCGAGCGUCGGACGACUGAAGGCUCAUUCCUUGACGAGUAAACGCGGAGCAUUCGUGCCGCCGACGAGACGAGAGCACGACAGGAUGGUGAGAUAUCUGAAUCAGUCGGAGGCUAUUAAUGUCGACAAAGAUCUGUUCGAGAAGUAUCGAUUCAGCGUCGAUCAGCUAAUGGAACUGGCCGGCCAGAGUUGCGCCGUCGCGGUCGCGAGCUCGUAUCCGUUGUCUGGGAACUCCUCGAACCGCGUGCUGGUGUGUUGCGGGCCCGGGAACAACGGCGGCGACGGUCUCGUCUGUGCGAGACACCUCAAGCAUUUCGGAUACUCGCCGGAUAUUUACUAUCCGAAGAGGCCGAGCAACACACUGUACGAAAGACUGUUGCAUCAAUGCGUCGAGAACGACAUUCCCGUGUUAGAGAAUCGUUGCGUAGACGAAGCGACGAACCCUACGAUCUUACAGGAUUACACGAUCAUAAUAGACGCUCUCCUCGGAUUUAGUUUCAAGCCACCAGUGAGAGAGCCGUUUGUUCGUAUCAUUGACAUGCUGAGGAACACAACUGUGCCUGUCUGUAGCGUAGACAUACCUUCAGGCUGGGAUGUUGAGAGCGGCCCGCCGGAGGAAGGUGGUAUAAAGCCUCAGAUGUUGAUAUCUUUGACGGCACCGAAGAUGUGCGCCUCCAAGUUCGAGGGGAGAUUUCAUUACUUAGGCGGACGAUUCGUGCCGAAAAAGUUAGAGGUGCAAUAUGGUCUAGAUCUGCCAGCCUAUGCUGGUACAGAUUUUGUUAUUCGACUGCGAUAAUAAAGGCUUGCGACCAAAGAGACUAGAACUGCGUUCGAGUACAUCAUUCCGAGCUGAUCUUAUCCUGUCGAGCGCUCAAAAUUAUAAAGAUGUUAACGUUAAGGUAUAAUUCUCACCAUAAGUGGUUCUUCAAAUCAUUUACGGAUUAUGCGUAGAAUGAUUUUCCAAGUACUUUUUGUACCAGAAUAACGUUCUCGAACGCGGUUCAGUAUGUUUGUCUUUCUGCUAUAUCAAGUGAUAAAAUUGUAAUUGUGUUAUUGAAAGAAUUUAAAGUAAUUUUAUAUGGCCAUUCUAUUGUUACUCUUUUACGUAUAUAUGUAUUCCAUCUUCAAUUGCAACAUCAUUUACGAGGCGAAAGUUCCUCCGAUCGCGUCAUCGCGACGCUACGAUCGUGGAGAUCGCGCUGCGACAUCGAAACAUUUGUAAAAAUACAAACGAUUCAAAUUCUA